AUGGAGGCCAGCCGCAACCGGGAACGCGAGGCCAAGGAAUAUUUGGAAAAACAUAAGAUCAUGGAGUUGCUGAACCUGCUCACCAGCGCACUCCUCUUUUGCCGGCCGGGAAAACCGAGAGAAUAUUUAAUAGCUACAUUGGAAAGACUGAGAAUUGCCCAAGUAACAGGCGUGGCUUUUUCUUUCUUUAUGGAUAACACUAAUAUUGUGGCUAUGUUUGAGAUGUUGGACUCCUCGAAUAGAGGCACCAUAUCAUUUGUGCAGUAUAAAGAAGCCCUAAAGACCUUGGGUCUGUGUACUGCAGAUGAAGUUUUAAAAGAUGAUGGACAUGCAAUAACCUUGGAAAAAUUCAGGAACGAAGUGGACAAGAGGUUUCGAGCUAUAUGGUCAGGAUUUUAAUAAUAACGUGAAGUCCAAGAUAAUAAAUGAGUCUUUGAAGUUUUCAGUUGUCCAGUUUCAUCAAUACAGAACAUCAUCACAUAAGUUGAAAUCUAACUGGCUCUCUCUUUGUUAAAAAAAAAA